AUUUUUACAAGAUGUCCAAAGCCAAAGAUACUAAGGCUCCAGAAGGUGCAACUAAGUCACCAGAGAUGACAGUUGAAGACAUCACAAAGCUCAUAAAUGAUGGGAAGAUUAAAAAUAUUAUUACCAUGGCUGGGGCAGGAAUAUCUACAUCUGCUGGUAUUCCUGACUUUCGGUCCCCUGAUGGACUCUAUGCUACAUUAGGUGAUAAACUGGAAGAGUACAAUCUUACACAUCCCACCGCAAUAUUUGAUAUUGCUUUCUUUAAAGAGAACCCAAAACCAUUUUACAUUCUAGCAAAGGAACUAUGGCCCAAGAAGCUUAAGCCCACUCCCUGCCAUUACUUCAUUCGGAUGCUGCAUGACAAAGGACUUCUUCUUCGACACUUCACUCAGAAUAUUGACACACUAGAGCGAGAGACAGGGUUGUCUUCUGAAAAGAUCAUAGAGUGCCAUGGAACAUUCCAGACCUCUCACUGCCUUCAGUGUAGGAGGGAGUACAGUAAAGAAUGGAUGAAAGAGCAAGUAUUUAGUGACCAGAUUCCCAAGUGUACAGUUGAAGGGUGCAGUGGUAUAGUAAAACCAGAUAUUGUAUUCUUCGGUGAAGCACUACCAGAUAACUUCUUUAGGGGUGUAGAGGAGGACUUACCAAAGUGUGAUCUGCUCAUCAUAAUGGGCACAAGCCUGACUGUGUACCCAUUUGCUGCUUUGAAAGAUAGAGUACCUACAUCUGCACCUCGACUCUUCCUGAACUUGGAGAAAACAUCAUCAGAGGAUUGGGUGGCUGCAAUGAUGGCUGCAAUGAGUGUCAGUGAUGAGGAGAUUGAAGUACAUAAAGAUGUUUGGUUGCUAGAUACAUGUGAUAAUGGAUGUUAUACUAUUGCAGAUCAGCUUAGUUGGAAGGGGGAACUGGAAACAUUAGUAAAGGAGGAACACUCUCGAAUUGACACCGAAAAUGUCGAAACACAAACUCUAGCAAAAUGUGACGAAUCUGACAAAAAGACAUUAUCGAAGCACUAAAAUAUAGUCUCAAAAUACUUUAAGAAUGAGAGUUUCUAUAAGUAACGAGGAGAGAGAUUAACGAGCAGAUGCAAUAAUUCUAGUCAAUACACAAAUUGUGUUAACAUUUUAAACAGUGAUUUCACUGAUGAUGAAUUGCUGGCUGUAAGAUUAAUUUUUAUGUCACCACCAGAAGUGGUGACAGAAGUGGUUUUCAGCAGUUGGCAUCUGUAAAAAAUGGCAGAUGGU